AUGGGCUUCAGGCAUAAGGGCCUCAACUACGCGCUGAACACAAAACGCUUCCCGCCAUCGAAAAAUGGGAAAUACGGGACGUGCUUCCAAUUUGGGAUGAGGAGAUUUGGUGUUGGAGAAAUCAUCUGGAUGGCCGAUGGGAUAUUUGGGAAAGAAGCCAUAUCCCAGGGCCGUGUCAGAUUGAAGGCUGCCUGGCUGUCGUUCCUGGGUCAAUUUGGGCUCGGAAAGACAUACGUUGGCGUAUCCUACAAAGUGGAUGGCAAACGAAAGUAUUGGUAUACACCGAGUGUCCCGGUUGAGCACCAGGUUCUGCUGAAAAAAGCGUCGGAGGAGAUGGACAAGCGAGGAACACCGGAAAAAUGGAGGCGCCUAAAACGCUUCCUGGGUCAAUUUGGGCUCGGAAAGACAUACGUUGGCGUAUCCUACAAAGUGGAUGGCAAACGAAAGUAUUGGUAUACACCGAGUGUCCCGGUUGAGCACCAGGUUCUGCUGAAAAAAGCGCUCGAAUUACAGUUGGCCGAGGAGCCGUCGAAGACAUAUGGGUUUCCGGUACCGCUUGCGCUGCUGGUGAUGCCUGAUGAUCCGCCGUUGAUAAAAAUUACUCAUCGAAGGGCAGACCAGACAGCGUGGAAUGAGGUGAAAAAGCGUCCCCUCGACUAUUUUGGGUGGGACAACAAUUGUGGGUGUUACGAGGGCAUGAUCACGAUACUGCGCACGUCUACCGGCGGCUACGAGAUCUCAUUCAAUACCCAUAAAGGCCCCUUCCACUACACAUCAACGGAAGAGAAUAUGAUUGCAACCUUCCUGGUGGUCCGCGACCCGGCCAUUGUUGGGGUGAAGCACCAUCGCGCCGGGAAACAACCGAUCUCUAUGAUGUUGACCCGCGGCAAGGGCACGCCACGCCCGCCUGAAGAACAUGUUCUGAAGAGAAUCCGCGACUGGGAAAGCGUCAAGGCACAGCCAUUUAAAGUAAACUUCAAUCCGCAUUUUCCUAUUUACGAGGUGAUGCAUUUUUUCGAUAACGACGAUGAUCAUCGACCUCAAGCGGAGGACCGCCACUUUGGGAUUUCGCCACCAGAGCAU